UCGCCAAAAAAAAGUGCUCAAAGGUCCGUGGUCGGAAAAAGUAGCUGCCAAACAACGCAGGAUUGAACGAAGAAUCAAAAGAUCAAAAAAGAGAGAAUAUUUAAAAAAACGAAAGGCUGAAGAGAUAAAUGUAUCGUCCGAUGAUAUUAACAAGAAUAAAGAUGUAGAAAUAUAUUCUGAAGAUGAAUGGGAAGAAUUACAAAAAGAGGAAAGGCUGGCAAAGAAGCUUAAGAAGGGUAUAAUUAAUCAAGAAGAAUUCGAAAGAGCGAUGGGAUUAAUGAACAACGACGAGAUAGAAGUAUGA